AUGGCGUGCCCUCCUGGCAAGGGAGUUUUGCUCUUGCUCAAUGUCGUUAGCGCCGUCGCCCUGAUCUACGAGGGAUACAACCAAGGCGUCUACGGCAGUGUUUCUGGAACCCCGGGCUUCAUCGCCAUGUCCGGCAUCGGUUUUGGCAGCACCGUUACCCAAACCACAAAGCAAGGCGGUCUUGCUGCAGCAUACUACUUUGGAGCGAUUUUCGGGGCCUUUAUUGGUGGAUGGCUUGGCGACAAGCUGGGAAGGAAGAAAGGUGCUUUCAUUGGCGCUCUUCUCUCCCUUUUGGGAUCCGCCCUGCAAUGUGGCUCGAUCAACUCCAAUAUGUUCAUAUGCGCUCGAGUCAUCUCGGGGCUCGGCAUCGGCUUCGUCAAUAACAUCAUUCUCUCUUGGGUGUCGGAAUUGACUCAGGCCCACGACCGAGGAUCGACUUUCUCUCUGGUCUUUGUCUCAAACUUUCUCGGUAUUUUCCUCGCCAACUGGAUCAAUUUCGGAAUCCGCAACAGCAACAACGAGUUUAAAUGGCGAUUUCCUCUCGGCUUCAUGUGCGUUCCCAUGUUUAUCGUCGCCGUGGCUAUCCCCUUCGUCCCAGAAUCUCCCAGAUGGCUCAUGGCACAUCAUCGCAAAUCGGAGGCCAUUGACAUCCUGUGCAAGAUCCGUGGUGACAAAGAUGCCUCGGACCCAGAAAUCGUCAGAGAGCUCGAAUUGAUCAACGCCGUCGUCGAGGCAUCUUACCACAAACGAAACAACUACGUCAACAUUGCUCUCGGAGGGCGUUACUCUGGCAAGCUCCACCUUGGCCGGCGCGCUGUCCUUGGGUUAGCUCUUCAGCAGAUCCAGCAAUGGACUGGUAUUCUGGUUAUGGUCUCCUGGGCCACCAAACUCUUUGAACUUGCCGGCUUCGACCCCCACAAGGCUUCUUGGAUGUCCGGCCUGUUGAAUACCUUCGGUGUCAUCGGUACCGCAGCGGCAUCCCUCGUCAUUGAUCGCAUGGGCCGUAGGAUGUGUCUCCAGGCUUCCUUCUUGAUUCAGGGUGUAUCGCUGUUCCUGGUAGCCGCCCUCAUCAAAACCUCUCAGGACCGAGUCACAUCCAACCCCUCAGAAUCCCAGGCUCUCGGAACUGCGGCAUCUUCCUUCACCUUCACCUUCGUCUUCUUCUUCACCAUGUUCAACAUCGUGCCGUGCUGGAUUUACGGCACUGAGAUCUGGCCUCAAGAAGUCCGCGCGAAAGGCUACUCUUUCACUAUCCUGGGCUGGGCGAUUGGCUGUGGAACGACAACCUUUGUCAUCCCCAUCAUGCUUUCUCACAUCGGAUGGUGGUCCUUCAUCUUCUUCGGCUGCAUGAACUUUGUGGUCAUGCCCAUCAUCCACCUCUUCUACCCGGAGACCGGAGGCCGCUCCCUCGAAGAAGUCGACCUCCUCUUCGCCAGCGACUCCCCACUGGUGGGCAAGAACAUGGCCGAGUAUAACCGCCGCGUUGCCGAGGCUGGUGGUAACAUUGCGGUCGCUGCCAGGAAGCUCCUUGAUGAAGUCGAUGGCGAAGACCAUUUGGAUCCGAGACGGGUUUCACUUAGCGCCGUUGAAGACGGCAAUGGUUAUGUCAAGACUGACGCUGAGAAUGGUCAUAUUGAGUCUUCGAUUGAGAAGUCGUCGUUGUGA